AACACCACUUUUUUCUUAGUGAUUCUACAUUUCAAUUUGUCCUAAUGAGGUCACCCAGUACAGCUUUCUGUAUAGGUCUUACAUAUAGAGCUGGCAUUAUUCAUUAACCUUUUUUAAUUGUAUUUUCUUGGCUAACUUGUCCUGUUAGAAUGUGCUACCUUCAAAAAGUAGAGCUGCAACUAAGUAAUUAGUGUUUUGUUUUUAGUGUUUGUUUCAGUGUUUUGAAUACUUUUGAAAACCUGGUUUAAAAAAAAAAAAGGGUUACUACAGUUACACAAUUUUCUUUUUCCAUAAGACUGUUAUAGGGUCUGCAACUAGUUAGCUUUAUUAUUAAUUUAAAAUGUCUUUAUAACAAAAAAAAAGAAUAAUAAACACUGAAAAAGAUUUUAUAAAAUUUCCUAAAAUAAUAAAUAAAUGGUCAAAUUGCUUGUACAUAAUUUCUUCACAUUUUAAAAGGUGCAAUUAGAUCAUUUCUUGCCAUUUGUAAAAGAAAAAAGCCCCAAACAAACCCCAAAACAAAACACAAUGAAAAACUACUAUUAGACUUUUAAAAUCUCCAAAUAAUUGUCUGAUUUCUUUUGACUAACUUAUAAAGGUGAUAUUUUUGUUUGAUUUUUUUUACACGACCUUUUCCCUUUGUUAUUUAUUUAUCAUUUAAAUUUUAAAUGGCAUAUUAUUUAAAAAAAAUUGUAAAAAUCUUUAUUAAUAAACACCCAAACACAAAUAAAUAAAGCAUGUUAAAAAACAUUUUGAAGAAAAGUGGAGCAUUUAAGUAAUACACAUAAAUAAACAGAAAAUAAUAAAGGAAAUAACUUCUGUACCAUAAAGAGUUGCUAACUAGUCAAUAAACUUGAAAAUUACACAAAAAAUUAAUGUUACGCUGGUGUCAUAUGAAAAUCUGUAGAAAAAAAAUCACUAGUUUUUACUUAAACAAUAUGUGUUUACAUACUUUCAUCGAUUGUACAAAUGGCAACUUGAAAGUUGUUCAAGAAGGUACUUUGAGAAAAGCAUCUCAAAUUUAUAUCUGUCCUUGCAACGAAUUCUUAAGACAACAGAUAAAAAAAUAACUUAUUCUAUGAUUCAGAUAUUAAAACAUGUGCUCACCUUUUUUAAUUUUAUUAGUGUGUUCAGGUUAUCAGGAAAGUAAAAUUUGACCUGAUAAUGAAGGAAAUGAAAAUUAAAUAUUUUGGGAAUAUGUAAAAAACAUACAUAUUUUACAAUUAUGGUUAUCGGAAAAAGCCUAUUGCUCUAUUUAUAUGUUUGUUUGUUUUUUAAAUAUUGUAACUGAUUUGUUAAAAUGUUUUGGCUGUAUUUGCAAAUGAUUAUAUUUUCUUUUUGUACUAUUCAUGUGUUUAGUCCGUUUUGUGCUUAAAUAUUAUUCUCAAUAAAAGUAUUAAAUUUCCCAGUUUUCAUUAAGUAAAGGUUUACUCAAAACAAAACAAAAACAACACCCAAGGUACAGAGUAUUUGCCAAAGGAAACACUAUUAAAUAUAAACAUGUCCUUGUAUAAGAUUAUAAUAACUGACAAGAAGCACUUCUAAUAUAUAUUUUUAAGAAAGUAAAAGUAAUGAAAAUGCAAAGAAAUACCAAUACAGUACUUUAAAAAUACAUAAAUAGAUAUUUUUUUAAAUGUCAGGUAUCAAUUUAAUGGAAAUUUGCUUUAAGAAAUAAUGCGAAAAAGAACACGUUAAUGGCAGUGUUAAAACGUGGUCUGAAUACUUUAGAAAGGUAAAUGUUAUUUAUAAUCAAAGUUAUUUUAUUUGUAUUUAUUUAUUUUGCGUUUUGCUGGCGUUUAUUUGUCUUAAAUUAGACAAAUAUUCCAUUGAGUUUUGUCUGGAUUCUUCUUCGCUGCUUUCUGUUGUCAUCUGCAACUUCCGCCCAGCAGUAGCGCUAACUUCAGUCCUCCACACAGGCACCACUAAACUAAACUCUGCAGCUGUGCUGCUGUCGUUCUACAAGUUCGUGAAGGAUAAAAUCUCUUGAGUAAAGUAACGUUUGGAGCCUGUCAUCUGCUGAGUUUACCUUAAAGAGCUUAUCUUAUCGAUUUGAUCUUAGAUUAGCUAAGUGCUUUUUAGUUAGCAUGCUGCUGCCUCAACACACCAGACAGAUCCUCUUGGCUUAAUUUGAUUUAGUCAUGACUGAAUUAAGAUGCCGGAAAUCAGAAACUUUGGAAGGAGAUAAUGAAGAGGAAGAGAAACAAAAGGAGUCGGAGCUGGAGACCAAACCACCAGAUGUUGAACAGGUGAAUGGGUCCAGCGCUGCAGCGGCUGAUGGCUCGCAGCAGAAAGAUGAAGGUGAAGUUAAAGGCGGUCAGCAUGAACAGGAAGAAUCAAGCAGAGCCCAGUCAUGUGUCAAAGCCAAGGGCUUAUCUGCAUCUGUUUUCUUACAGCGGCUAGUUCGGGUGUUCUUUGGAUGUCUGGCAUCUGUUGCCUGUGGCAUGCUGUAUGCAGUGUAUCUGUCCACAUAUCAUGACAGGAAGUUCUGGUUUUCAACUCGACAGGAGCUGGAACGUGAAAUCACUUUCCAGGGAGGCAGUGGGGUCUAUUAUUACUACUACAAGCGUUUGAUCGCAGCACCAUCCUUUGAGCGAGGGUUUUAUGAGCUGGUGGUAGAUAACAGGACCGUUUCAGGUCAGACCAUUAACGCAGUCGAGCGUUUGUCUCUUUAUCCGGAGCUCAUCACAAGCUUCAUAUACAGAGUCACAGGCAGCCAGGAUUUUGUGGAACCGAUUUACUUCUACAUUGGAGCAGUUUUGGGCCUGCAGGCGGUCUACGUCACUGCCCUCUUUGUGUGCAGCUGGGUGAUGAGUGGCACCUGGGUGGCUGGCAUGUUGGCCGUGGCCUGGUAUGUGAUCAACAGAGCAGAUACAACCAAAGUGGAUCAUGCUAUUCCUCUGCGGGACAACUGGGCUCUGCCUUACUUCUCCUGGCAGGUCACAGCUUUGACUGGAUUCCUGAGAAACAAAAUCGGCUCUUCAACUGAGAUGUUCUGCUAUCUUACCAUGAGUGCCACCACCUUCACCUUCCUCCUGGUCUGGGAACACAGUCACUACGUGCUCUUCAUCCAAGGCUUCUGUCUUUUUCUACUUGAUUCUUUUGACCUGGUGCCACCACGUAAGAUAGCUGACAUCCACAAGGUGUACCUCAGCUCCUUGUUCCUGGCCUACAUGUUCCAGUUUCAGAACACAGCCCUGCUCAGCUCGCCUCUGCUCAGCCUCCUCAUUGGCUCAGUUCUUGCGAGGUACUUCCAGCAAAGGAUGAAGGUGGGUCCUCUUGUGGCAAGAGUGAUGAAGCUCUUCCUACAUUUUUACCUGGUCUUCACCUCUGGGAUCACCUACAGUUAUUUGGUCAAGAAACUAAUUGCUGCAAAUGAGAGCGACUUCAUAUUGAAGUUCCUUGAAGUAAAAUUUGGACUCAACACAACAACCGACUUUGUCCCCAACUUCCUCUUGUGCCAGGAGAGUUUCCAAACGCCCGGUCAGGACUUAUUUCUACGUCUGACGCAGGCCUCGGUCCUCCCCUUCUACUUCCUCGUGCUCACCGUGUGCCUGCUUUCAGCCUUACAGGCAAUCUACAGAAGGCUCAGCGGUCAGCCAUUGUGCAAAACCUAUAGCCUUGAAAAUGGAGGAAUAGGAGAGAAGCCAGAGGUCGUCUAUCAUGUUUUCCACACCAUGCUGUUUGGGGGUCUCGCUCUGCUCUUCGAUGGGAUGAAGUAUUUAUGGACACCAUACGUCUGCAUGUUUACAGCAUUUGGGGUUUGUUCUCCUGACCUCUGGAUGACAGUGUUUAAGUGGCUCAAACUGAAGUCCAUCCACCCUGUAGUAUUGUCCUUGAUUCUGAGCACAGCUGUUCCCACAAUCAUUUGCUUCAGUUUGUGGAGAGAGUUCUCUCCUCGCGUCUUAGCAGAGUUAUCAGAACUGCAGGAGUUCUACGAUGGAGACACAGUGGAGCUGAUGAGCUGGAUCAAGUCACAGGCUCCGGUGGCAGCUGUGUUCGCAGGCAGUCCACAGCUGCUGGGAGCAGUGAAGUUGUGUUCGGGUUCAGCUGUAACUAGUUUACCUCUUUAUUCAGACAUCAACCUGCUGAAGAGGACUGAAGAUGCGUACCAGGUGUACGCAAUGAGAUCUGCAGAGGACAUCUACAAGCUCCUGACCGCCCAAAAAACGAACUACGUGAUCAUCGAAGAGUCGAUUUGUAAUGAGCUCACUAUUAAUAAGGGCUGUAGGAUCAAAGACCUGCUCGACAUCUCCAACGGACAUAUCGUCUAUGACAAAGGUGAGAUAUACUCCUUCUCCAAAUAUGGACGAUUCUGCCACGAGAUAAAGAUGAACUACUCGCCCUACACAAACUACUUCACACGAGUUUUCUGGAACCGCUCGUACCACGUCUACAAAGUGAACUCUGUCAUCUCCUUUCAGUACUGACGGCCAAGCGUGGCUCUGCCCCUCCUCAGGUGUUCCUGAUCGUAUCCACAGAUCGGCACACCGGGGCGAAAAAACUCUGAUUAUCAUGGUGUCAGUGGGGAAGCUGCACAUUCAAACACAAACAGUGAGGCUCAGCUGAGCACACUGCACCGGCCAAACAACAUGUAUGGACGGCCAUAUUAUUAAUCACUGUACUGUAGUUUUAUAAGCCAUGUGUUACUGUUAAUGUUACUAUGAAUGGUUUCAAUGAAGGUGUGAGUCGCAGAGAUCAGUGUAGGCUGAGAAGGGGAAAGUGUUUGCCAUGAAAUGAAGCAGCCAGAGGUUUAAUCCUGUUCACUGAUUGGCCCUUUUGUGCUGACAGUGAUUGGAUAGGAUGCAUAAUUAUGUUCCUUUCCUUUAUUUUCAAUCACUUUUAUCAAGUUUAUUUUUUUAAACACCUGCAAAACUGUAGACCUUUGAAUCAACAUCAGUUAGGGUGCUGAUUAAAAAAUUAUGGCAUUAGCAUUUAGCUCAAACCAGAGCUCCACAGACACUCCAGUGUGGCUCUUGACCCUUUUUUUUUGGGGGGGGGGGGGGGUUAAACUCCUUUUCUUGGGGAAAAAUCUUUAUGCAUUUAAUUUGAUUUUUGUCUUAAAUGUUUUGCUUUUCUGUUCUGUUCAUGUGUUAUAAUCACGCUACUGUUGUCUACUUAAAGAGAAAUGGGUGUCUUCUGUCUAAAUUAUGAAUUUCAUGUAUUAUACUAGCAUAGUUGGAUCAUUUUUGUCUUGAUUUAAAGGAAAUAAUUAGACUGAAUCACUGAGCUAAUAAUCAUAAUCGGCAAUCAAGAAUUUCAAAAUGAAAGUGCUUUAUAACAGGAUAACACGUAAGAUUAGUCAGAAUAGUUUUUCGCUUGAUUAUGUAAUUUUAAGGUUACCAAAAAACCAAAUAGUGACAAGCAUACAUGCUCUUGCUUUCUGUCAUGUUCUGCCUUUGUUUGCUUAUGAAAUACUCAUGCAGUGCAUGUGUACGCGCUGUUCUUUGAAGGGUUGUUGCUGCUUUGGUCGGCUUUCGUGGGAAAGGCGUCUCUCUGUACUGUUUGCUGCUUGUUGUGUGCUCUGAUCUGUUAAAGGGAAGUGGAAGAAGACUGUCCAGAAAAGUGUUAUCAGUUUUUAUUUGUUACUGCUGCCUGAAAUCUACUGAAAAUAACUGAUAUCUGAAGUAGGCAUGUCUUUACACACACAUUUAUAUGUCUGAACUCACUGGUUGCUCCUAUUGUGCUCUGCUUUUUUUAUUUUAUUUCUUUGACAUGAGAUGGUUGUAUUCAUGGCCUAUAUAAAAAGGGUUGACUGAACUACCCAGGACUUGCACAACCUUCUGCAAUCUUCUAAACUGAGCUUUUUCAGCAUUUUAAGGUGGUGGAGGCUGGUCCUGGAUGCCUUAUGUAAAGACAUGGCUGCCAUGUCUGUAUUCAUCACUUCCAGGCAUGACUGAUAAUUUCCUAUCCCCGAGCUGUUACCUUAGGGUUUUGGUGAUGAAUUCCUCUUGGUGCUGUCAUACAGAUAACAAGGUGGCCGUGUGGUGAGUGUGUGAGGUGAAUAAAUAUAACACUGAGCU